UUGCUGAGAUGGAGGUGUAACCAAGGAAGGGGCUUGAAAAGUAAAAAGGACAGAAAAUGAAGACGACGAAAGUAGAUGACCUGGCCCUUACACAGUGGCCCUGAAGCAGAAGACCAGCUUCCCCAAGGGGCGGGCCAAGGACUGGGCUCCUCCCCUGACCAUAAACGGCUUGGCCAGAGCUCUGUGGGAGCCGCCUCUUCUCCUGUCACCCUUGCUCUCCCAGCUGGAUGUUCCUACAAAUGCAAGACACAAGCCAAUAACACCAGCAAGAAAGGAGUUUGCUGAGGGCAGUGUUUGGAGAAAGCUCUCGGGAGGCUGUCGGAAAUGAGUUUUUCACUGAACUUCACACUGCCGGCCAACACAGACAACAGCCACCCCAGCCUGCCUGGGACUGUCUGGUUUUAGCACUGAAUGCGCUACCACCUAGGCAAUUUCUGGGGAAAACCAGGACGGCUGGCCACCCUACCUGGCAGUCAUAUUUCUACCACAGAACCCUUCCGUUUUGGUGCAGCUGGAUGACUGGGAACACCAGAGCCCUGGAAGAGACAAUAACUGUCAAAAGUCCAAGCCCCUGGGAUUCCAGUGUACUCACUGAGGUUGAUGAGAAUAUUCAAUAUAUAACAGGUCUGGCCAGAGCUUUGCCAAGUUUAAAGGAAUGACAAAAGCUUAUACUCCUGGCGCUCAUUUGAUCCUCUUACCAAUCCUAGAGACUUCCUCCCCAGCUGUUACCAGUGGGAAAGGAGCAGACUGUGGACCUUCUCUUGGGUUAGCAGCUGGCAUCCCGUCCCUGGUGGCCACGGCCCUGCUGGUGGCCUUACUAUGUACUCUGAUUCACCAAAGAAGAAGCAGCAGUGAGUCCACCGAGGAAAGUGAGAGGCCUUGUGAAAUUUCAGAAAUCUAUGACAGUCCCAGGAUAGCUGAGAAUCCUAGGAGGUUACCCACACAGGAGAAGAAUAUCACGGGAGCAGAAGAAGCCCACAUAUACGUGCAGACUGUUCCAGGAAGUGAGGAGCCCAUUCGUGACACUUACCGUCCUGCUGUUGAAGUGCAGAGAAGGAGGGCGUUGUGGUGGCUUAUUCCCAGACUGAGCAUGGAGUGAUGCAGCACAGCCAAGGAGCAGAUCUGGAGCUGGAACAGAGCUAAGCACACAGGGAUUUGUGCUCGGAGGGAGGAGAGACGCCACGCUGCUUCUUAACCAAUCCAAAUUUCAUUUGCAGAUCCGGAAAACUUUGGGGUUGACUUUACUCUUUAAGGGACAGAUCUGGUAAGGUUCCUUCCAACGCUCAGACCUUGUGGUUUAAUAAGCAGUGAAGUCAUUGUGCAUCAAAAGGAGCCCUUGGGUCCUGCUCUUGACCCCGGUGGGGAUUUGCUUUUCUUUGUGAUUUGGGGAAGGGGGUUUGAUUUCUCGGUGACUUGCCCCCUCAUCUUUUUUCAUAUCCAUUUUCUCAAAAAAGCCGUCAGACCUGGCUUCCAUGGGCAGGUUGGCCAAGCUAGCAUGGAGGAAGUUGGGAUAUAAAUGAAACGUACAGGGGAUGUGUGAAGAGAAGCAGUUCCUUAUUUCUGAACAACUCAGGGUAGAAACCAUGUGGAACCACAUGUUCCCUGACCACAGGGACAGCCCACUGCUGCAUCAUUCAUCACUUGUGAUCAGAGGGUAUCUAAGGAAGGCAGUUCUGUAAUGGGCUCUGUGUCUGUGUGUGGGUGCGUGCGCACGGAGGGUAAAUAGGGAGAAGGGAAAGCAGGGGUUGUUUCAAAAGAUUAUUAGAGAUGAGGGCUAUACCCAUUUUGCGGGAGUGGAGAGAAAGGCCCAAGUCGUUGGACCAUCAUGGGGAAAAACUCAUUAGCAGGAAGAAAGAUCAAGAGGACUCUGAGUGGAUGAACACAGGACCAAAGGGAUGGGCCAAGCAGCAACGUGACUGUCGGCUGAGGCAACGUGACUGUCGGCUGAGGCACGACAGACACUGCCCAUGGACAGUGUCACCAUCGCUUCUGUGAGGAGGCUUACAGGAGUCCUGGUUCCCCUAUGCAGGUCCAUGGCUUGUGAGCACGCCGGGUCUCCUGGUGGGAGAACCUGGGUCCAGGGCAUCUUGGGGUCCACCCACCAGCUCCAUGGGCCUCCUUGAAAUGCUGUGGAAACAUUCCUUUCUCAUACGGGGUGCCUGAUUGCUCAGAAACACACCUCCUCUUCUUCACAUAACCAAGGACAGGUUAUACACAUCCAAUCACUGCCACACGCUGACACGUGCUCUUCAAAGCUCUUUGUGAAAUUCAGUUUUGUACCAAGUCCACUGAGUCUAGUCACGUUAACAAGCAGAUUUGUCCAUUUUUAAGCGGACAUGCCCAGGGAUCCAGGUGCUUAUACUUCUCUUACACGUUGGGAAGGACCUUGGAUUUGCUGAGAACAUGACUGUGGCCUUAGCCUUGACACUCAAAGGUCUGAGCUCUGGAGCAUAUCAUGGGCCUUAGCUCUCUGUGUACAAAAUGGAGACAGCCGUUUUCUUCCUCCUGCCCUUAGGGGUGUUGUGAGGCUGGAGAAGGCAAGUGAAUGAGCCUUGUAGUCUGUAAAGUGAGACUUGUAUUUUGGAUCAUUUAUUUUAAUUCUACUUGCAAUCCAUUACUUAGUAUCUUUAUUUUAAAUGGUUUCUACUAAAUUCGCUAGGUUCAGUAUUUCUGUCAUUUUUUUUCUGCUCUGAUGCACAAGAACCCAUUUUAGAAUAAAGUGAAAAGCAAAAUGGUCAUUCCUGUGGACCUUCAA